AGACAAUGGACCUGUCAAAAGCCAAAGAAAUGGCAACCGUGGCUCUGAGCAACCACUGCUUCAGCAGUGAAUCAGCUUCCCGACCGGGCAGCGCUUCCAGACACGCUGCCAGGACCGCCCGACGCCGAGGCAGCCACACGGCCGUGACUCGUCCCCACCAGCCCGCCGCCGCGCUGACCAGCGGCGACGCGCCGGGAAAAUCCCCCCGCCACGCCGAGCGCGCCGGCGAGCCGGGAAGCCUGCUCCCCGUCCCGCCGCCGCCUCCCUCCGGUGAGCUCUCCCUUGCCCGAAGCGCCCUCCUUCCUCCCCGAGCCUGCCGUGACACCCGCGGGGCGGCCGCGGCGGGGCCCGGCGGGAGGGGGCCGCCGCCCUCCCGCGCCCGCCGCCCGCACAAAGGCAGGCCCCGCCGGCGGCGGCGGCCACUCGGGAGCUCCCCCACCGCCGCGGCCACAUUGCAGCUAGUAACCUAUCGUCUGUCCAGGCUCCUGGGCAAACAUCCUGAAACCCUUGUCACGCCAAGACUAAAGUCACACGAGCAAAAAUGUGGAAAGAAAUGCUGUGAAGACAGCCAGCCAGGACACUUGUCUCGCCUUCAGUCUAACUGCCCUAGGUCAAGUUGCUGUCAGGCUUAAAUCUGCUGAACACAUAAUUUUUAGGCUACAUCAUGGCUCUUAGAAAAAAAAAUUGGCUUCUGCAAGCUCUAUCGUAACAGUAACUUUGCUCUCCUUGCUUGCAGAGCGACUGAAUAUCAUUUACUGUAUCUUAUUCCACCUGUGAAAACUGCCUCACACAGGCUGCAACUGCUUGGUUUCUCCCCUCAAAACACAGUUUGCAAAACUGCCACUGUUUGUCCCCUUUCUUGGUGGCUGCCAGUCAACGUCUGCUGCAGCAAUCGCCCUCAGCGUCACCAUCACAGCACGCCUGUGACACUGACCUCAUCCCUGGCCGCUGCUGACUCAGGAAGCAGUCCCUCUCUCAGCAACACAACCCGUUGGCCAUCCAAGAGCUAAAGAUAAAGAACUGUCAUUAAAAUUUUCAGAGGAGGCCUAUCAGGCAAAGCCUGUCAGCGUCAAGAACGUGCCUUCUCUGUCAGGUCUUUCUUUCCUGGAAGAAUACCUAAAACGGCAGCAGCAAAAGAAGAGGAAGAGAAAAAAAAACUUCCCUAACAACCUGUAGAGAUAAACAGAGAUGAGUGAGCUUCAUCAGCUACCCACUAAAAGUAAGUGCUGUAGAGUACCAUAUAAAUUAUUUCGUACUUUAUUAAAAGAGAAAAAUUUUAACAAUAUUUUAAGUGUGUGCAGUAAUGGUUUAAGAAUGCACCAGAUACAACUUUUGGGUCACUUUUCUACAUUUAUGCUUAUUUAUUGCAUACUUGUGGUCAGAAGGUAAAACAAUAGAAAGCAGCUUUCUGCUAUUCAUCAGCAUUUACUUAAGAUCCCACAGGCUGUAUCUUUGUAAUCUCUGACUGUAGGACAAAUAGUAUUUCAGAACACCAGAUAAGUGAUCUGAUGUCCAGCACCAAUGUCCAGCACAAGUGAAAACUCAGUGGAAGUCACCGACAC